CGUAGCAAUCGUAGCUUCCGGCCGAUAGCUUUCAAGACGUUCCACUAAUCACGGGUCUUUGGAAGCAACUUCUUACUAUUAAUCAGACCAAAACGACCAAACAAUAAGUCGAAAUUUUCAAAUUUCAAACGGCAAAUUAGACUGUUUUACCGUGAGUGGUAUUCGCAAAAAAUUGAAAAUUGCGCUGCUAGAUGGAGACAUUUAGCGGUUCGCUAUCUUCGCGAAACGGAUGAGAUAAUUUGAACCGAUGGAAUGUGCGCGAGAUAAAAUAGACACCGCAGGGGUGCAAGGACGGUAGCAGUUAUCAUUAUUUGCCGCAAGGAGCGCUUUAAACUUGCAAAUCGCAAAUCCUGAUUUUCCUCUCUCUUGAUUUCUCAUUGUCGCCGCCGUUUUGUCCGAGAUGUUUGCAAGAAACAUCCGGAUGUUUUGUGAAAAAGCGCGAGUUCAAAAACACAUUACAACAUUACAUGUAAUUGUUUACGUUUUCUUAUUCAUCGAUCGACAUCAUCUCGACAACUUGAUGAAAUGCAAAAUUUUCUGAUGUAAAGAAGAGAAAAAUCUGCUUUACCUGGAGACGAGCCUGGAGAUUAUAUACAUCGACACAUACAACAAUCGAAAUGACAAGUGCCAAAAAAGAAAGGAAACUCCAAACGUAUAAAGUACAGGAGAAAGUGUGAAAAAUAUUCGUUGGGAGAAGAAGACGUACUUUGGUAGAUUGUAUUUAAUUAGUGGAGAAAGCUUUUCAUGGUUCUGAUCGAAGUUGAAGGGAAAUAAUUUCGCUUGUGGAUUUAUCAUCAUUUGCUAAAUGUGCGGGCUAUGGAUGGAGAAAAUAAUGAGGUGCGUCAAUCCGUGGAUCAUCCCCAGUGAAUGCUGUGCAGAAUUUACAAGAAGAAUCUCCUGAAGAAUUCACCAUCAUCAUACACAUAGUUUGGAGGUGAUGUUUCUAAGAAAAAGUGUGCCUUGGAUAAUAGUUCCACAAUAUUGGAAUAAGUGGAAUAGCAAGAGUGAUUUUAUUUUAUUGCUCUUGAAGGUGAGAAAUUUGGAGAAUUAACGGGGAACAAUAGAAAAAAAAGAAGGAGAAAGCCGCCGACACAUUUAUUAAAAAAAUAAGCGAAACAGUAAUGGUGUCACGUAUAUGCAAUGACUCUGGCCACAGCCGUGGCAGUGAGGCAUUGGGCCCAUGCUUACAAGGCCCUCGCCUGUGUCGUUCUGACCCUUAUUGCCAUUCAAUAUCUCCUCAGCGGGAUUUUCGAUCGUCGCUCAAUCGAGACCAUUUUCACUAUUAACGCCACUCGAUAUUCAACGAGUUAUUACAAGGGUCAUCCUCGGGGAUUAAUUAUUUAUAAACCCGAGACAACACCAAGCAUUUCGGGUAAUUCAAGCAUUUCGCCAGCCUCAGUUGUGUCCGAAUUUGCAAUACGAACUGGCAAUGAUUCCUCUUCCUCCUCAUCCUCCUCUUCUUCUGCUGCCUCUUCUUCGUCGAAAGUUGAAACAAUUUCAUUGGGGAAUUCGGGUGGCACGUCAAUGGGAAUAGGAAAUCCAUCAAUUUCAAAUACUUCUAUGCCGAACGUUACAGAGACGACAAUUCAACAGCAAUGUCCUCUUAUUCCACCAAAUCUUGUUGGACCGGUUCUCGUCAUUAAAACACCGCCGGAGCUUUCAAUCAUGGAGAAAAAUUUCACAAGAGUGAAACCAGGCGGUAGAGGAUUUCCCACGAAUUGUAUCACCAGACAUCACGUUGCCAUCAUCAUUCCAUUUCGCGAUAGACCUCAACAUUUGCAAACACUUCUUUACAAUUUACAUCCAAUUCUACUGCGUCAGCAAAUCGACUAUCAAAUUUUCAUUGUCGAACAAGAAGGUACGGAGGCAUUCAAUCGUGCAAUGCUGAUGAAUGUGGGCUACAAGGAAGCUCUGAAGGAGAGAUCAUUUGAUUGUUUCAUUUUUCACGACGUCGAUCUGCUUCCCGAGGACGAUCGAAAUCUCUACAAUUGUCCCGAGCAACCAAGACACAUGUCUGUCGCAAUAGAUAAAUUUAAAUACCGAUUACCUUACGCUGAUUUAUUUGGCGGAGUUUCAGCCAUGACCAAAGAACACUUUAAAUUGGUGAAUGGAUUUAGUAACGUAUUUUCCGGUUGGGGUGGAGAAGAUGACGAUAUGGCGAAUCGUAUAAAAGCUCAUGGACUUCGAAUUUCUCGUUAUCCGGCAAAUAUUGCUCGAUAUAAAAUGCUUAAUCACAAAAAGGAGAAGGCCAAUCCAAAGAGGUACGAAUUUCUAAAAACAGGAAAGAAGAGAUUUGCCACUGAUGGCUUAUCGAAUUUAAAGUACGAGCUGAGAGACAAGCAAAAACCAAAACUAUACACUUGGUUGCUGGUAAGACUGAAGACACUUCAGCCCAGCUGAUGGCAACAUUGGAUCGGGUAAAAUGUUUUUUUUUACCUCAAAAGUCCAAACAAUCUUUUUUCAACUUUUUUUAUGCUGCAAAACAAGUUUUUGUGUGUAACUGUACAUAUUUAUAUAUAUAGAGAGAGAAAGAGAUGAGAUUUUUUGGAAAAUUCUUUUUCAAGAAACAUCCAAUUUUUAGCACUUGAAAAAGAAUUUUCAAAACCAAAGUAAAAUUUGGUUUUAAAAAUUUCGAUAUUACGAGAAGAUUGAUUCUAUUCUUAAAAAAAGGACACUGAUAAAUUACGUAACAAUUUUAUUAAAUCAUUUCGGAUUUAAAAAUCCAAUUAU